CCGCUGAUGCCCUCCAGUUCCUUGGCGUAGCAUAGGCCUAACCUCCGAGAAGUCUCACAUCUGCCCGUCGCGGUGCUGCUCUGCUGGCUGGCCCAGUGAGGGAGAACUAACAACUCACAGUGCCUUGUUCAGCAAGGUACAAUAACACGGACCUCUCCCAGGCCUGCUGUUGUCUGCAUGGUGAACACCGGCAUUGUUAUCGGUGUGAAUAACCAAAGCGGUGCUGCCUGUGCCUUGUUGCUUGCAAAGACUUGAACUGCUUCCUGAAGGGCCACAGUCUGGGCCCACUCAUGCUCUACUGAGCUGGUUGCAAGGCCGACCAGCCUCUCCUGUGUCACUGUGGAGCGUAGAUGUGUUUUUAUUAACUUCAGCUUGGAGCAGCUGCGUUCUCCACUGGCCACUGUUACAGGAAGUGCUGGGAGAAUGCGCAGAGCAACAAAAGCAUUUGGAAAGAGGGUGGUCAUCUUAUUUGUGCACAUAUAUUCCAGAACAGCCUUUGGAAUUGAUCCUGCUGAAAUGUAUCUUAAAAGGGCUUUCAGUUCAUUACUUAAAUCACUCACAUCAAUAGUGUGCAUGUCAUCAUGGGUCAACACCAUCUCUAGUGCCCUGCAGUGCUGAUGUAGGUCUUCUUCAGCUAUAGUGAGGCAUUGUGUUUUGGAAUAUCAUACAACAUCCCAAAUAUACUGCUAUGUUCCUUGAGCUGCAUGAAAUGUUCUUUAGCUGACUGUAUUGCACAAUCUAGCACUUGUUUAAAGAAUUCAACUUUGAAUUGUUGUUUGGGGUCUCUUAUGGGAUUAUCCCGUGCCUUGUAAUCAAAAUGUCUUCUUCGGUGACUCUUGUGUUCUUGAAUGGGUGGGCAAAUAGCUUGAGUGUGAAGUUCCUCUGCCAACUUCUGUGCACUCUUCAGAAUGUUUUGAAAUCCCUCAUCUGACCGGUAAGACUGUAGGUAUGACUUUGCUUUGUCCAGUUGUUCCUUUGCUCCAGAUAUAUCAAAUUCAACACUUGCUCACAACAUUUAUUUCAAUCAGUGUGUCAUGCCACAACACUAAGCCACACAGAAAUUUUAAGUUAUGUAUAUUUCUGGUGAUUCCAUUUCCCUCUGCCACUGUUUUCCCACAAACAGAUCCUGUCGUGGCAUUAUCCUCCAUAAUGGCAACUAUGACAUCAUCUGUCUUCCCAAUUUGGUGUUUGAUAGGCUUUAUCUCCUCCACUCAACUUUCCCAUCGUGUGGCACUCAGUGGUUUCAGUGUCAGAGAGGAUGUUCCCAGAUGUUGCUUCAAAAUUUGCCAUUGAUGAGUUGAUACAGAGAAAAAUACAUAGAUGCUUUGAAUUACAUAAAAAAGUUCAGCAGCCUCACUAGAAGCUGAUGCUGCAUCACUGACCACCAAGUUCAAUGAAUGAGAACUGCAUGGGACAAAAAAAGCUUGAGGGUUUAACUUUCGAAUCCAUGUCUUCGCUCCUCUGUUCUUUCCUCUCAUGUUGGCACCAUUAUCAUAGCCCUGACCUCUCAUGUCAGCUAUUGCAAUUCCUGUAACUUCCAGCUUUUUAAGAAGUACAUUUGUCAUACCAGCUCCUGUAGUAUCAUCAAUGUCAAUAAAUUCUAGAAAAUGCUCUCCUAUAGUCACCAUUGCAGAGACAUUUUCACUAGGUUCUGUUGUUGUAACAAUAUGCACCAUUAAAGUCAUUUGUUCCGUAUGGCUGAUAUCAGGUGUGCAGUCCAGAAUAACAGAGUAAUAUCUUGCUGACUUCAGAUCUGCCACUAUCUUCUGUUUGACUUUUAUUGCCAGUAACUGUAUGAUCUCAUUUUGAAUUGUUUUUCCAAGGCUCUGUGUGUGUGUACAUUUCUUGCGUGGUGACUCUUCUUAGAUGCUCCUGGAGUACAGCAUCAAACUCAGCCAUCAGCUCCACAGUUUUAAGGAAGUUUCCAUUGUUUGGCACAUACAGCUGAUCUGAAGUGCCACGCAGUGCUAGGUUUUGGGUAGCAAGCAUUCUCACAAUGGCAAUGAGCCUUUUCAGAACAUUUUGCCAGCAAAGAGACUCCGAUGCAAUCUUCUCUUGAUGCUGAUCACAUAUGGUAGCCUUUAACCUUAGUCUCAUCUCAAGCUCUUUCCACCUAUGGAAUGCUCUCUGGUGAUUUGCUGCCUUCUCAUGGCAUGACAUAUUUCUAGCCAGAUUUUUCCAGCCCUUUGUUCCUGUAGAACCCAAUGUGGCUGGAACAUUAGACUGGAAGAGUUUGCAACAAAAACAGUAUGCAGCAUUCUUGGUUUUUGAGUACAUAAGCCAUGGCCUCUCCAUUUUGUCACCAUUGGGGAUUUCACACCAGUAAUGUGUUGGAUGGAAACUUCAGUUUUCAUUGUCUUUGGGGAACAUGAAGUUUUUCACUUGCUGUGGCCAACGCAGUACAAGGAAGUCCCUCAGGCUAUUGCUCAAGUGGGUCCAAAGUCCUGGAUGAUCUAGACUUAAGGAACUAAACUCAGCAGCAGCUGUUUCUUGUGCCUCCACCACACUCUUCUCUGAUCUACACUUUUCUUCAGAAAUGUGCAUGGUUCCAUCCAUUUGAGAUGGAGAUAUGGAUGCUGCAGUAGCUGCCAGGUCACCUGCACUCUAACUGGAAGAUCAGGCAUCUUCUCACCACUCACAUCCUCACUGGGGCCAGAAGGCUCACCAUGAACAUUUGUGUCUAUGUAUCUCAGAGACCAGGGGAUGUGUUGGAAGUCUGUCCAUGUAUGGAGCAGGUCUUGUGAGCCAGAAGUUUGACAUCUCCUUUGGGAAAUGCUAGCGGCAAAGAUGAACCCCCUCCCCUCCCUAGGAGAGGCACUUUAUAAAGUAAGAUUCCCAAAGACAGCAAGGCACAGCAGCUCUCUCCAGUAACGAUGGCUAGCAGAAAAACCAAAAAGAAGGAAGGUGGUGCCAAACGUGCUCAGAGAGCAUCUUCUAAUGUCUUCUCCAACUUUGAGCAGACACAGAUCCAAGAAUUUAAGGAAGCCUUCACAUUAAUUGAUCAGAACAGAGAUGGAUUCAUAGAUAAAGAAGACCUGAAAGACAUCUAUGCUUCUUUGGGUAAAACAAAUGUAAAAGAUGAAGAGCUAGAAUCCAUGCUCAAGGAAGCUGCUGGACCCAUUAAUUUCACAAUGUUUUUGAAUCUCUUUGGAGCAAAGUUACUUGGUAUGGAUGGGGAAGAGACCAUACUAAACGCAUUCAAAAUGUUUGAUCCCGAUGGUAAAGGACACAUUCACAAAGACUACUUAAAACGCAUGCUGAUGACACAGGCUGACAAAUUCACUGCUGAAGAGAUAGACCAGAUGUUCAAGAGUUCCCCUAUUGAUGCAGCAGGAAACUUGGAUUAUAAGUCUUUCUGCUACACUAUCACACAUGGAGAGGAAAAGGAAGAAUAAAGAGCGCACACUUGUUAGCUGCACUAAAUUCUCACAUUGGGCUAAUAAAUAAAAAUUGAACUACUUUUUUUUUU